CAUGUGUUGGGACUCUUUCAACAUAAAUAAUGGAGACAUGGAGUAUACGAGUCAAAAACAUACUUUGAGUCUUUGACAUAGUGCCGAGAAAGCACAACAGAACAAAGCAUAAGUCGUAAUUUCAGGAAAGAAGAAAAAAAAUGAAGAGAUGUCAUGGAAUUGCUGCGAGUUUAUUUCAAAUGAAAUUUUCUAUGAUUCUGUUGAUAGCGGUGAUGAUUUUGAUGAGUAAUAAUGGCGGAAUCAAAGUAGCCAUGGCCAGCAAUUCUGCUUCGGCCUUCGUCAACAAUGUCAUCUACUCCAAUCGUAUCGCUGUUUUUUCUAAAUCUUAUUGCCCAUACUCUUUGCGUGCAAAGCGUAUAUUAAAACAACUGAAUGAACAUCCAUAUGUCGUGGAGCUUGAUCUUCGAGAUGAUGGGUCUGAAAUUCAAGAUAUUCUUCUUGAACUGGUUGGUCGACGUACAGUGCCUCAAGUUUUUGUGAAUGGAAAGCAUAUUGGUGGUUCAGAUGAUCUACAGAGUGCAGUCUUGAGCGGACAAUUGCAGACACAUCUCUCAAUUAGUUGAUGGCUGAUCAUACAUACAUACUACAAUGAAACUGUUGAAAAAUCAACUGUGAUGUUCUGGAGAUUGGUGUAGGUCAUGGAUUGUUUUUACCUAGUAAGGACUAUGAUAUGGUUGUAAAUCACAUCAUGUUAUGUUCAUGAACUUUUUGCCCCACUCUCCGUGAGUCAAAAAAUUAUGUGCAGUUUUCAGUGUGUUAAAACAUUGUAAUUAACUCUCCUCCAUAUAUGUGCCUAGGAAAUAAUAUGGUACUCAAUUUUGGAGUUACGUGUAUGCAAAAGGAACUUGAACUUAUUUGUAAUUAUUGACCGAGAAAGACAUGCUCAAAUCACACGUUCUUUUAAACAUGUCUGUAGCUACUGAACAUUGAAUGUUCAGAAGUCUAAACUGACAGGCAGCUUUUCAUACACAUGUUUAGAUUUUUGGCUGAUGUACGAAACCAUGGGUGAAACCUUACUGGAAUACUAAGAUAAUGGAGUACUAAAUAAUGCAAUUUCUUAUACAACAAACUUUUGCUGUCAGAAAGCAUUUUGAUUUGUUACGAUUUCAUCAAAUAACACCAUUGUAUUCCAUAACCAUAAUUUCUUCCUGGUGAUUUAUGUUUGAGUAUGGCUAUACAGCUACUGAGCUGUUUUGUGAUGUGGUGUUUCAUUCGUACUUAAUUCUAGAGGCAUGAAAGUAGUUUUCCUCCUGCAAGCUACUAGAUUAGGUAUCAUGAAGAUUCAUUUGUUGGUCGCCAGUCAGAUUUGGUUGCACUGAGUAUUCCUUCGUGAUCUUUGGAGAAAGUUAAAUGAACCUCCCAGUGCAGUGAUUUUAGCAGAUUUUCAACUUCUCCAAUUGCGCUGGACUCGUCGCGAACAAUCAAUUUUCCUCCAGGUCUGACUAUUCUGUCUACUUCUGCCAUCACUGGCAUAAGUUUGCACCUGUAAAGAAAAUUACACUGAAAUUAUGUUCUGCUAUUAUUAAAAUGCUUAAUCUUGAACAUCUGUUGGGCUAUCGAAUUUCACCUUCCUUUCAGUUUUGAGAAUAGAUGAUCAGCAUGCAGAAGGUCGUAGCUUCGUGGGUAUGUGCUGAAAGAUUCACACCAGUCAUGGUAGAUCCCGAAGAGGCCUCUUUCGUAGAUUAUAGGAAGUGUGUCUGGAGCAUUUACAUUGACAACAUUAAGGACCCAGAUUUUACGGUCUCUUAAUGCUGCUGCAAAUCUGGAAAGGUAAGGUUAGUAAAAUUUUCAUCUGACUUGUUCCAAACAGAUUUUUUGAAACAUAAACAGAGUAAAUGGAUCCUUACCCUCCGUAAACAGCUCUCAU